CGCCUCCCGGGGGCCGGUUCCCGCUGUCUCAGCCGCGGCGUUGACGGGACACUGCCGUGAGUGACUGCCCGGCCGCCGGCACCGGGAGCGCCGCUUCCAGCCCGGCCCACUGGCCGGGGACCUGGAACUGAGUCCGCCCUCCGCGCCCCUCGCCUCCGCUCCUCGCUCUUCGCCCCGGCGGGCUCCUGGCGGGCGAGCCGCGCUCCGGCCCUUCCCGGCGGCCCGGCAGCCGCAGCCCGCGCCCGGAGACAGAUGUGGGAAGAUAAAUGAAGGGGUCUAGAAACAAAAUAAAUGUCAGUGAAAAGGAAAGCUACCAUCAUUAAGGGCUGAAAACAGUGAAAUCACUUUUAAUAGUUAAAAGACUAUUAAGAAGACAAGAUGGGGACUCCUGGUUCUGGAAGGAAAAGGACACCCGUGAAAGACCGAUUUUCUGCAGAAGAUGAAGCUUUGAGUAACAUUGCCAGAGAGGCCGAGGCAAGGCUGGCAGCAAAACGGGCUGCCCGGGCAGAAGCAAGAGAUAUACGCAUGAGAGAACUGGAACGACAACAAAAAGAGGAAGAUUCGGAAAGGGCCAGGUAUUCCCACCGGUCCAGUCAUCAUCGUCCUUAUCUGGGAGUUGAGGAUACAUUGUCCAUUCGAAGUCUUGGCAGUCACAGGAACUCAUCGAAGGACAUUACUGGGACAGAUUGGAGCAGAGCCAGUACACCCAAAAGGAAAGACAUCAUGUAUGAUGCUCUCAAGGAUAGAUCGUCAAGACUUUCAUCAUUAAAUCAUUCUUAUAGUCACUCUUACAGAAUGAAGAAGAGAUCUUCUGGUUCUCAUAAAGACCCACUGAGUGGCCUCUACUUUGACCAGAGAAACUAUAGCAGUCUUAGACACAGCAAACCCACCUCUGCCUACUACACUCGGUCUUCUUCCCUGUACAGUGACCCUCUGGCGACAUCUAAGAGUAACAGGGCCUCCCUUAUUGCAAAUUCUGGUCUGCUGAGAAGUGCCAGUCUGGUAUCGUUGUAUGAUGGUGGAUUAUAUAACCCUUAUGGUUCUCGAACUCCAUCUGAAUACAGUUAUUACUCAUCAAGAACAAAUUCAGCCCGAAGCAGUCCUGUGUUUACCGACGAUGACUGUGCAAGCAUUGCGUCCUCUGGUCGUGCCAGUCGUGGGCGAAGGGAGAGUGUGUUUGAUGAAAAAUCUGACAAACAGUAUGCUGAAAAUUACACAAGGCCUUCAUCUCGAAAUUCUGUCUCGGCAACAACCCCUUUAAGUGGAAACUCAUCCCGAAGAGGAAGCGGGGACACCAGCAGCUUAAUAGAUCCAGACGCAUCAUUAAGUGAAUUACGGGAUAUCUAUGACCUUAAGGACCAGAUACAGGAUGUAGAAGGGAGAUACAUGCAGGGGCUUAAAGAACUAAAGGAGUCUUUGUCUGAAGUGGAAGAAAAAUACAAGAAAGCCAUGGUUUCCAAUGCACAGUUAGACAAUGAGAAGAACAAUUUGAUCUACCAGGUCGACACCCUCAAGGAUGUUAUUGAAGAACAGGAGGAACAGAUGGCUGAAUUUUAUAGAGAAAACGAAGAAAAAUCAAAGGAGUUAGAAAGGCAGAAACAUAUGUGUAGUGUGCUGCAGCAUAAGAUGGAUGAACUUAAAGAAGGCCUUCGACAGAGAGAUGAGCUUAUUGAGGAGAAUCAACGUAUGCAGAAGAAAAUAGACACCAUGACAAAAGAGGUGUUUGACCUCCAGGACACACUUGUUUGGAAAGAUAAAAACAUUAGGGCCCUAGAGAAACAGAAAGAAUACAUUGCCUGCCUUAGGAAUGAGCGAGAUACGCUCAGAGAGGAGCUGGCUGACCUGAAGGAGACAGUGAAGACAGGAGAGAAACAUGGCUUAGUUAUAAUCCCCGAUGGGACUGCCAAUGGUGAUGUCAAUCAUGAACCAGUGGUUGGAGCCAUCACUGUUGUGUCUCAGGAAGCUGCUCAGGUCUUGGAGUCAGCAGGAGAAGGGCCACUAGAUGUAAGGCUACGAAAACUUGCUGGAGAAAAGGAAGAGCUACUAUCACAGAUUAGAAAACUGAAGCUGCAGUUAGAGGAAGAGCGGCAGAAGUGCUCCAGGAGUGACGGCAUGGUGGGUGACCUGGAAGGAAUGCAGAAUGGCUCGGACUUGCAGUUCAUCGAAAUGCAGAGAGACGCCAAUAGACAAAUUAGUGAAUACAAAUUUAAGCUUUCAAAAGCAGAACAGGAUAUAACCACCUUGGAGCAAAGCAUUAGCCGGCUGGAGGGACAGGUGCUGAGAUAUAAAACUGCUGCUGAGAAUGCUGAGAAAGUUGAAGAUGAACUGAAAGCAGAAAAGAGGAAGCUACAACGAGAGUUACGAACAGCACUGGACAAGAUUGAGGAAAUGGAGAUGACCAACAGCCACCUGGCCAAGCGGCUGGAGAAGAUGAAGGCCAAUAGGACAGCGCUUCUGGCCCAGCAGUGAGGCCACCCUUCUACCUGAGGGUGCUCCUUGGGGCCCUGCCCAGUGGGACUGACUUUUUGUCCAUCGAUACAAACCCCUUUCAGUACUGUUUGAGUUAUGUCAUUAAAAUAGCCACCUUUGUAUUUUAUAAUUUAUGAGAGAAUGAAACAGGUUUGAAUCUUCA